AUGGUUUCCUUCUCAAAAAAGAAAAUAUUUUCCGCUGCCUUUUUUGCUUCCGUACUUUUGUUAGAUAACAAUAACUCUCAAUUUAAUAAUAACUUGAGUAUACAAAAUGGAAGUGGACUUAAUUCAAAUAUGAGAUUAUUACAGGAAAAGAAAUCACAAAAAAAGAAAAAUCUUAUCCACCACCGCAAACCUAACAAACAUAAUCCAGAACAUCACGAUAAAGAUCAUUCAGAUGAUACCACUCACGGUAACCAUUUUAACUUUAAUUUUGAUUCACAUCAGUUACAUCAUGCAAGCGCUAAUGCUUGUUUUGAUGAUUCAAAACAUGAUGGUGAACACCACGAAGAUGGACACCAUGAUGAAGAACACCAUGAUGGAACACACCAUAAUGGAACAGACCAUAAUGGAACACACAAUAAUGCCGCUACCCAUCACUAA